CUUUUCUUUUCUUAUUCUGUGAUGAAACAGAAAUAUCAUCACUAGCGGAGUGAAAUGCAUCCACCAUUAAUACUAAAAUUCACUUUGAGCGAUGAUAUGGCAUCACAUGCAAGAUGCAAUCUUUUUAUACCUAAAAAUGAUUUUAGUGUUACAAUUUUACCGGGUUUUACAGAGACAGAGAGGGCAGAUAUAGAUUGGGGUAAGAGAUUAAUGAUCAUGAAGUUGUUCGUAUUCUAAAGUUUUUUGCUUUUAUUUAUUUUUAAUUGGGAAUAACCAGACCAUAAAUUUUGGGUAGGAGUCGUGUGGCUUAAUAUGAAGAAUCGACCUGAAGCCACUCAUUCACUACUACAUUGGCAGAGAUGGAUUGGUUUGAGAGUUGAGACAGUGACCAUGGCCGGCUUUAAGGCGUAAAUAUUUGCGGUCACAAAUAUUCUUGACCCGCCCUGACAGCAACUUAGAUGGUCGUGAAAUUGCGUUGCCUUCUUUCUCAGUUCUAACCUCCGUUCAUUCACGUCGUCACUUUUGUUUUUUCUUUUAUUCGUUUUUUACUAAUUGAAUCAGACACCAUUUGCCUUCUCUGGCCAAUAACAAGGUAAUAAUCAUUUACCUCGCUCCAGAUUUUGAUCCUCUCUGUCCUGCCCACCCAGUUGGUUGCUAAUCUGCUGUGAGUAUUGAACGUGAAGACAUAAUAUCUCUAAAUUGAAAAAAGGUUGCACCUUCACACGCCAGUAUGCAAUUGUACAGUUUUUCAGAGGCAAUUUGUAAUUUCGUAUUCCAGUUUAAUGACAGUCUCUAUUAGUAUUGUGCAGGAGGAAAAGAAAAAAGAAAACCUUUUUUUUUUUAUUGUUUCAAUUGUAAAACUAAUUAAUAAAUGAAUAAGCAUGUGAAAGUCAGACUAUGAGUGCCAGCCAGAGAGCCAACACACAGCCAUAAGGUAUUUGGGUUGAUCUCCAAAUUUCUGUUGCGACCUUCCGCCACAACCGCCAUUUUCAACUGCUAGAUUCUUACAUUCUCUCUCUGUGUGUUGUCUUCCCCUCUCUAAUCAGAGCCUUGCCAUCUUCCGCCCUUUCAUUGGGAAAAGUGUCUUUUGAUGCUACUUUGGUCAUUUUAAAAUCUGUCUAGCUUUUCUUUAAAUUCGAAACUGUUAAAAGCUUGCACUGGAUUCUUUUCUAACUUCCAAUCCAGGGUCAUGGAGCAUAGGAUCAAUGAGUCUGUGUUCAACCGGACUGAAUCGUUUGGUAGGACAAGUAGUAUGGGCUCUUCUCUAAGGAGGCGUUCCUUAAGUUUGUCACGCACUGUUCCCUUUCAAAUAGGUGAUGAUGCUGAAAGCGAAAAUGUUUCAGAGGCAGGUGAUAUUGGGGAUAGGGCUCUUAAUAGCAGCAGACACAGUGACAGUGGCAGCAUCCGGGUGUCUAUUGAUAGUGGUGCAUUAGAGAAUGGAGUGGUAUUUCCCAUUCAGGAGAACAAUUUUUUGCAAUCACAUGGAUUCAGGUCUCAUAGUUCUGCAGCUUUUAAUGCAUCCCCAGUGUCACCAUUGCCAGAAGAAAUCAUAUCUCCUCUUUCCACAGAUGCAAUAGUGUGCGCUAAGGAUAACCAACAAGACAAAGAGGCUGCCAUGGUGUUGCCGCCAAUAAUGGAGUAUAUAUCAUGUCUUGUUUAUCUAUCUGUUUUUGGAAUUCUUGGGGUUUUAACAAGAUAUGUAUUACAGAAACUUUUCGGCCCUAGUGUUGCUGGUGUGACAAGUGACCAUUACCCUUUAUACCUCGACCUUCCUUCCAACAUGGUUGGAUCUUUCUUGAUGGGAUGGUGGGGUGUUGUCUUCAAAGGUGAUAUAGCUAGUAUCUCUGAUUAUCUAGCCAUUGGAUUAACAACUGGUUACUUGGGAAGUCUCACAACCUUCAGUGGAUGGAAUCAAAAAAUGCUUGAUCUCAUCGUCGAAGGCCACUGGGUGUUUGCUGUGGUUGGCUUUCUCAUAGGCCUAUUCCUUGCAGCCUAUUCCAUCAAAUUUGGCAUUGGGACAGCUAAGUGUUUUAAGUCACUUCUCCAAAGAUCAAACAAAACUGAAACUAAAACUAGAAGCAACUGGAGGGUGGACAGCUGCAAGCGUCAUUUGGCAGUAAUGGCAGCUUUGGUGCUUAUGCUAGGCAUUUUAUGGAGUGUGAGUGGAACAAUGCUGAAGAAGGAGUUCAACAGUGGCAGCAGUGGGGCCCAGUUAUGGCUGGCUUGCUUAGUUGCAGCCCCAGGGGUGUGGAUCAGGUGGUUCUUGGCACGGCUCAAUGGACGUGGACUAGGAAAAGCAGGAUAUCUGAAAUGGGUUCCUUUUGGGACUCUAAUUGCCAAUGUUUCUGCAGCUUCUAUCAUGGCAGCGCUUGCUACCUUGAAGAAAGCAGUGGAUACCAAGACAUGCAAUACCAUUUCAACGGGCAUUCAGUUUGGAUUUUUAGGUUGCCUGAGUACUGUUUCAACUUUCAUUGCUGAGUACAAUGCCAUGGAAGAAAGCAAUAAAAAUUGGAGAGCUUAUGCAUAUGCUCUUGCAACAAUACUCAUGUCAUUUGGCUUGGGUGUCCUGAUAUACUCUGUACCUGUUUGGACAAGGGGAUACGAGUAGCAGGCUUUAUCGACCUUUACUGUUCUCUUCUUGGUUGCAUAUGCUGCAGAAUUUGACAUGUACUUGCUGAAGAACAGCUUACUAAUGCCGGAUUGUGGCUCUGAUGCAGAGGAGAGCUUCUCUGCAGAAUGCUGACAUUGUAAAAUGCCUGCUAGCUACUUCGUCAAAGUCUCGACAGGUUCUUAACUACAUGUAUAUAUAGUUAAGUAUAUUUAGAAAUCUCUUUUACUCAUUCAGUUUGUUUGAUCGGACUUGGAAAAUUUCAUUUCAAGUUCGAAUUUGAGAAAAUUAGACAUACUAUAAUGAUAAUUAGAAAGUUAAAUCA